AUGGAGAAAGAGGACGUGGCGGUCAUGCUCAGCGUAGCGGCGGACGUGGAGCUGAGAGUGGCCACAGGGGUGGCAGGUCGGCUGGUCCUGGUCGGGGGACUGCGACGGGCUCUGAACAGGAGGCCAGCCGUGGAGGCCUCGGCAGAGGACGACGCGGAAGGAGCCGGGGAGGUGCUCACCGGCUCCGAUGGAUCUGUCGCGGGGCUGGCAGCAGAGCAAGCCCUGCAGGCUGAACUGGCACGCAAGCUGGGCAUGAAAAAGGGGAGAGGUCUGAAGGAAGUGGGCGACGGCCUGGACGACCUCGUCCUCGGUGACUCCCGCGUGGCGCGCGCGGUGCGCGGCCAGCUCAACCGCCUGGCCGAGUCCAACCUGCAGGGCAUUGUGGGCGAGCUGGCGCGCAUGCACCGUGACGAGGCGCGCCGUGCGGCCUUUGCGGCUGUCGCCGCCGCCGCCGUGGCGGGGUUGGCGGCCAGCGUGCGCUCCGCCGGCGUGAUCGCGGCCUUCCUAUCUGCGCUGGGAGCGCGGCUGGAGGCCUCGCUGCGCGACGACGGUGACGCCCUGGCGGCGCGCAACCUGGCGCUGGUGGUAGCGCAGCUGCACGCCCUGGGCGCGCUGCGCGCCGAGCUGGUGAUGUCCCUGCUGGACGCCUGGCGGCGCCGGUUCGGGGAGGCCGACGUGGCCGCCACCUCCCACUUACUGGGCGCGGCGGGGCUGAGCCUGCGUGCCGCCGACCCGCAGGCCAUGCGCGAUUACAUAGUGGCAGUGACGGAGGCCGCGGCCAACGCGCGCGCGCGCGGCGCGCUGUCGGCCAGGGGCCAGGCGCUCCUGGACCUGGUGAUGGACACCAAGAACAACAGGAAGCGGGACGGCGGGCGGCACGCGGUGCUCUCCCCCACCACCCUCAAGUGGCUCCGCGGCCUGGGUGUGGAGGAGGUGGCGGUGGGGGGCAUCCCCUGGUCAAAGGUGCUGAGCCCUGUCAAGGUGGGUUUCUGGUGGCAGCCCAGCGCCGCCGAUGCGGCGGCCGCGGGGCGCCUGCCCUCCCUGCGCGGCGCCAGCCUGGCGGCGGCGGAGGCCCUGGAGGAUACCCCUGGAGCGGGGGGCCAGACCCCGGCGCAGCUCCUGCGCCUCGCCGCGCGGCAUGGCAUGAACACGGAGGUGCGCCGCACCGUCUUCUGCCUGGUCAUGGGCAGCGAGGACUACGUGGACGCCUUUGAGAAGCUUGUGCGCCUGGGCCUGAAGGGCACCCAGGAGCAAGAGAUUGUACGGGUCAUCGUGCUAUGCUGCUUGCAGGAGGGCGCCUACAACCCCUACUACGCGCUGCUCCUGGGGCGGCUGGGCGCCACCAGCCGCGCGCACCAGACCACGCUGCGCUAUGCCUGCUGGGACGCGCUGGGAGAGGUGGGCCCCAACAUGGACCUGCGCCGGCUGACCAACCUGGCGCGGCUGUGCGCGGACGCGGUGGCCCAGGGCGCGAUGAGCCCCGCUUUCCUGAAGAAGGGGGACUGGCGGGGGGCGCAGUCCGCGCGCCACGUCGUCCUCUGGCGCCUCUUCUUCGAGCACCUGCUGCUGCGCUGCGACGACCCGGCCGCCCUCUUCAAGCCCUGGAGGGAGCGGCCCGCCCUCCAAGAGCUGCGCCGGGGCCUCAGGCACUACCUCCGGCACAGCCUGGGGCCCUGGGCCGCCAAGCAGGAGCCGGGGCAGCGCGGGCGCAGCGCCAGCGAUCUGGAGACCCUGCUGCACAGGGUGCAUGCCGUGGAGAGGGCUCUGGGAGGUGGAAGCGCAGACUGA